ACAUGGCCGCCGGCGCUGCGCGGCCGGACGGAUCGUGCGGUGUGCAGUGAUGUCCGCGUCCGCGCCCCACGCCCACGGGCGCACCCCCGUGCGGCGCAGGGGGCAUCAACACCACCCGCGGCUGAGGGGCGACCGCGUACCCGCCCCCGGGGCCUCCAUAAACACGACUCCGUCCAAACAAGUGACCUUAGACACUCAAAUAGACGAUGUUGUGCCUUGUGUCAAUAGUGUUAGUGAAUCUCAAGAACUGACAAGGACGAAUAGUGACGACGCACUUUCGAAUCGAAAUACAAUCGAGGACUCGAAUAUUGAUGAUGAGAUUGAGUUUGAUGUUAGAAUUAUUGGUGCAGAAUCGAAUGGAAGCUCGGAUGAUGAAUUUUCGUUUAAGGAAGAAAGGUCCGCGGGCGACGGAGCCGAAAUGACUGUAAUUGCGUCCGAUAUUUCGGACGAUGAUCCAGAAACCGCGGAACUUGCAAAACUUAGGUGUACUAGUGAAUGUACAGAAGUCUUGGCGGCGAGAGAGAACCGUCGCAGGAGGAGAUGUGCCGAUUAUCCUGGUCUCGCUUUCGGGAGUUCGAUAUUUUCUUCAGAUACAAUGAUGAAAUUCUCAAUAAUUAAAAAUGAGUUGCAGAAUAUCAAGAAUACGGCAUUGAAAAGGGCCGAAUCCGAAGUGGCUGCACUCAACCGUCGUAUCCAACUUUUGGAAGAAGACCUUGAAAGGUCAGAAGAGCGUCUCGCGACUGCCACCGCCAAGCUGGCUGAGGCCAGCCAGGCUGCAGAUGAGUCUGAACGAAUACGCAAGGCGUUGGAGAACAGAACCAAUAUGGAGGACGAUCGCGUCGCCAUCUUGGAAGCCCAGCUGUCGCAAGCGAAACUCAUCGCUGAAGAAUCGGACAAGAAAUACGAAGAGGUGGCGCGCAAGCUGGUCCUCAUGGAGCAGGAUCUGGAGAGGGCCGAGGAACGCGCUGAGCAGAGCGACUGCAAAAUCGUGGAGCUCGAGGAAGAACUCCGUGUUGUUGGUAACAACCUGAAAUCCCUGGAAGUCUCCGAGGAGAAGGCCAACCAACGUGAGGAGGAGUACAAAAACCAAAUCAAAACCCUCACCACCCGCCUAAAGGAGGCUGAAGCGCGCGCCGAAUUUGCCGAGCGCUCCGUUCAGAAACUCCAAAAGGAGGUCGACAGGCUUGAAGACGACCUGGUGGCCGAGCGCGAAAAGAGCAAACUCCUGCAAGAGGAGAUGGAGGCCACGCUCCACGACAUCCAGAACAUGUGAACACCGCCCCCCACCUCCCCGCCAACACCCCCGCUCGAAUCACCAACCCCGUAACUUCGACCUAUUUUGAUAGUACACUGAAAUUGAUUAAAUGGCGAAAUGACCGCUACUCAUUUAGCUAUGCAGCUAAAAAAACAACUUUAUUUUCCCCUUGGGAAGGACUGGUGUCCAAACUAGGGUGGCCACCCUAUGAUAGAUGACCAGGCCCCUGGCUAAUAAGAUUCAAGAAUUUUGCAACUUAAAUAUUGAAGUCAUUGGUCUAUGAAAAAGGAAGUAUUCUUAACUCCUUGAUUUAAAAAUGGGUGGUGAUUCGAGCGAGCGUUUAGAUGUGUCUAGGUUUAGAGUAAUUGCCAGCCGCUUUUUUAUUUUAUUUUUAUCGUCAAGGAGUGAUCGCUACGACUACACUGCCAAGCAAAUUUUGUUUCGAACGCAGAUAUGUAUAGCAUUUAGAAAGUUUUGUUGCUAAUUUUUCCCGCUAUAUUUUGAUUUUAAACAUCUCGACGGUUUAAGGCGAUUCGCUUUUCCACAUUCCAAUACGUGGACCAAUUAUCGAUUUAUUAUAUUUUUACUUAUUUAUAUGAUAUAUGUUAGGAAAAACUGUGGCUCAGUAUUUGUAUAUCGAUUUGUCGUGUCCCCAUUUAAAUUUUUUUGACAUUUAAAAUAAUUAUCACUAAUAGGAAUGCACUGUUUGCUAUUUACUAUGAAUUAUUUACUUGUAUGAUAAGAGAUUAGAUAUUUUUUUAUUUAAUUGAGUGUCGGUAACGCGUAUUUCUAUAUUUGUAAGAUUUUUCUGUUUCCGAGUAUGAUUCUUUACUUGUGUCAUAAUUUGAGUUCUGUUAUUUAUUUAAUUUAAACUCUAGGUAAAGUAUCUAGUUGUUGAUAUGAGUGCUGUCGAAGCACAUUAGCGCUGGCAAUAAUUCUCCCUAAAGUCCUGAGAAUAGGGUUGCAACUAUAACAUAAAAAUCGAUAUUUAUUCCGAUGUUAACGUGAUAUCGAUUGAAAUGAUUAUGGCAACAUUAGUAUAUAACAGCGUAUUUAAAACGUAUUGCCGCAUUAUAAUUGAGCAUGUAUAAAAAGUAUUUUUUAAAUAAAAAUAUUGCUUUUAUAAAAAUCAACUUCAAAGAUGAAUAACAUCGGAUAUAAAUAUCGAUAUUUCGGUAAGUCCGCAUCCCUAAUUGUGACUGCUUAGAAUUCUAUAGAACGGACAAAUCCGUGUGCUAUAAUAUAACACAUUUACUAUAAAACGAAAAAAAUCGAUCAACCGAGAUGAAUCCGUCUUCAAAUGUUAUACACCUAGAUAAGUUCGUGAAGGAAAUAAAUUAAUGAUUUUAAGAAUAUUCUAACACAAGUGUUUAUAAAUAUAUAAUAUUAUUAUUUUU